AUGCUUUGCUUUAAUCUUUCUAUUAAAUUUUCCAAUGCUUCGUGUCAGUGUACAUUGCAAACACAUUAUCACAAUUCAUCACAAUGUGAAUGUAUUGACAUUGAAGGUUACAGUAUUGAUCAAAUGACUAAUAUGUAUCCAGAAUUAUGCAGUGAAAAAGUGAAAUCAUUAAGUUUUUUCAAUGUUACUCACUUCAUGAAUUCGACUGGUAAUAAUUUAAUGGUAUCUAAUUGCAGCUGGCGUAAAGUAACUAAUUUAACUGUGAUCAAUACUGAUCUGACACGUUUAACGUCCACCAGUUUUGCUAUGUUCUCCACCAUUAAACAUUUGAACAUCUCGCAUAAUCGUGCACUGAAUGGAUAUGGUGACAAGGUAUUUCAAGGGGUUGCGAGAAGUCUGACACAUUUAAUUUUAGUUUCAAAUCCUGUCAGAUCGCUAACACGUGAAGUGUUUCGUGACCUUGUAAAUCUCCAAGUACUAAUUUUGUCAGAUAAUAAAAUUGGUUAUAUUGAACCUGGAGUAUUUUUCAACAACUGUUGUUCUAAUUUACGUGAGUUACGUCUGGAUCGUAAUAUAUUGACCGUUCUGGAUGCUGAGAGCCUGAUUGGUUUGUCGAAAUUGGAGACUUUAGAUCUGCGAAACAAUCCAUUGCAGCAACUGGACCCUAACGUUUUUAUUCCGUGUGCUUCAACUCUAACUGAUUUACGCAUGAGUCACGAUGAUCAAGCUACGUUUGGCGGGUUUCAAACUCCUUCACCAAAAUUAUUUUCACGUUUAAGUCGUUUGGUCACUCUUGAAAUGGUUGAACUUAAAAUAACCAAUUUAACAAGCGAAGUAUUUGAAGGUCUGGAUAGUUUGAAAGUGCUUUCACUUCGUGGAAAUCGACUUAUACAGCUACCAUCAGAUACAUUUUCUUCAUUGACACAACUUCAAUACUUAGACCUUUCUGCUAACUGGCUUGUUUGCAUUCCAUCUUCCAAUUCUUCGGUCAGUCAAGCUGACUUUUUAUCUGGUUUACCAGUGCGUUGGGUUGAUCUUUCGUGGAAUCGUCUGACACAUUUAAAUCAUUUAACAGCACGUAGUUUGAGUCUAUUUGAUCGACAUACUAUCAGUCAGACGAGACUCGUCCUCAAUUUAACCGCUAAUCCUUGGCAGCACAUAGAUGAUGACACAUUUUGUAAUCCUGAUGGGUCUGGAGUAACACGUCCAAUUGAAUUAAUCAUGGGACCACUUCCAGCAGUACCGUUUGUCAACUGGCGCACUUCAUUAGGUCUUUGGUUAGGCCGAGCAUUGUGGCCUAAGGGACCUUUUUCUUUAAUCGGUGAAGCUAGUCUCGUAAAGGGACUGAUGUUGGAAGGGGAUUAUUAUUCUUUGGUUUCAACUAAACACAAUAAUAUGACGUACAAUCCAUAUGAAGAACGCGAAGUUUAUCGAGGAGCAAAAGAGUCUGUAAACAUGUGUGAAGAUCUGAAGGCUGCUAAUAAUAGUAAUACAGAGUUUGACAUCCAUUCACGACCGUCUUUGAAAUUUCUAGCCCAAAAUGGAAUGACAACUGUGUCAGGCACUACCUUGGCGUCAUCCGUAUCGUCUUACUGUCCAAGACUAGCUGUUCGUAAAUUAAAAGACUGGGAACUCUCCGAAUUAAAAGUGUCCUCAUUAAUUGCAAGUGUUGAAAGCAUUACACGGAAUUCAGUAAGUGAAUUUGAACAAAGUUCUAGAAUAUAUUUACUUUUGAUUGUUGGUGUCUGUAUUACCUUUUUGUUUAUUGCACUAACGGUGAUUAUGUGUUAUCGUGCAUGGUCACGUCGUACAUCUCAGAAACUUGCUGAAAGUGGUUUAGAAGGCUGUGAUACUCAUGGUAUUUCUGCUGAGAAGCCAUUACUGCUUAAAUAUCGUCAUGACUGUAGUGAUAGUAAUCAUGCCACUAAAGUUAACCAGUCUGAAGGUCAUGAAAAGUCUUUUAUUUCCAGUCAUGUCCAACAAAAUACAGACCGAUUAUAUUCCAAUGCGAGCUCAGUAAUGAAGCAACCUGAGUUUAUCAAUACCAAUGAUACUACUACUACUACUGCUACUACUACUUAUACCACACAAGCAGCUGGUGCCAAUCCUACUUUCAUGUCUGCUUCUAAUUGUCCGAAGGUGUCGACAACAUGUGGUCGUCCACAAAUUGGACGCCCUAAAAGUGAUCCAGAUUCAUUGAAUCUGAAUGAUAUGAGCCAGUUAACUUCACUUGGAAUUGUUUGAAAGAAAAAUACGUGAUAAUCUCUGUUUCUUUUCGUCGUUGUUGACCAUACACCUUCAGUUAUGUUGUUUAUCAUUCUUAAGUGUAAAUAUUUUAUUUAAAUGAAGUCUCAUUUCUAUUCGCAGACUGUAUGUAAUUGGUAUGCGUAUAACUUUUUUUGAUGUUAUCAGUUAGUUUAGUUAUUUUAUUACCGAUACACACCAUGUAUGAAUGAUCAUUUACUUGACGAAGUUGAAACCAGAAGUUUUGUAUAUAUUGAAGGAAAAAGACAAUCAAUCCUACAAGCUUGCAGUUAAUUGUAAACCUCAUUCGAAAUUUACCUACCGAUCAGUAUGAAAUUUCUGAACAAAAUGUUUAAUUAUGUCAUUGUUAAUGUAAUCUAUGGAAUUAUUUAAACACACUGUUCGGUGUAAUUUUAUUUUCAAACUGCUGCUGGCAUACACACUAACGCAUACACUUACACACAUGCAUACACACGCACUCAAAUAUACAUGAAACACAAAAGAUAAUUUUAUUUGCACAAAGACUGUAAAGAAAGUUUUCCUUUUCCAGCUUACUUUCAGUGAUUUUAAAACAGAAUUGUUUUUUCCACUCUUUUUUUGUGCCAAUGUGUUUGUUGUUAUUGUUGAUUACUUCUCACAUAAUUGUUGUGGUAGAAAUAUAAAAAAAAAUUCAUCAACAUGCGUGCACAUGCAAAAAUAACUGUCUUUUUGAACCAAUGCAUAGCGUGAAAAUUGAUUGAUGCACUGGACAUUAUCAAAGUAUUUGAUUUUGU